UCUCUGAAAUCCCGUGGUUAUGUGAAAGAGCAGUUUGCGUGGAGGCAUUUCUACUGGUACCUGACCAACGAGGGCAUCCAGUACCUGCGCGAUUACCUCCACCUUCCCCCCGAGAUCGUCCCCGCGACGCUGCGCCGGAGCCGCCCGGAGACCGGCAGACCACGGCCCAAAGGUCUGGAAGGUGAGCGCCCUGCGCGUCUCACUCGGGGAGAAGCCGACAGGGACACGUACAGACGCAGUGCUGUUCCACCUGGUGCUGACAAGAAGGCCGAGGCUGGUGCUGGAGCAGCCACUGAAUUCCAGUUUAGAGGUGGAUUUGGUCGUGGACGUGGUCAGCCGCCUCAGUAGAACGUCCUGCUCAUGUUUUGUGUAUAAUAAAAUAGGUGAAAAUGCCA